UCGACAAAUCAGUGGUCACUGAAUCCCAGUUGAGACAAUUGAAGGCCUAUGAGGCGAGAGUUUCCAUUCCCAUCAUGUGUUCGCACGUUCCGAACCGACCACUACUUCGGGCGCCGAUCGGCUCACAGACAGCCAUCAAUGGUUACGGAAGCAAAACCUAUGGAUCCGAAGACCAAUCAAUGGGUUUUAAUCACACGAACGCUAAUGUACUGAAUCUGGUUAACGGAACCGUUGAUACCAAUGAUGCCAUCGAUGGCAACGGUAUUACCACUGAGACAGUGAAUGGCCUGAAGCCUAUGAGGCGCGGCAGAAGAAGCAGUGGUCGCAAAAAACUAAAGACGGAUUCGAGUAGUAGUCGUAGUAGUAAUACCAGUUGUAGUGAUGGCACGAAGAAUAAGGAGAACAAAUUGGGUGACAAUUCAGAGCUCUCGCGAGUAAUUGGUUUACCGAAUAUCGAUAACACGUGUUAUAUAAACGCUCUCAUUCAGGAUUUACUCGAAGAAGAAGAGAAACAAUUGGUUUCGUGUCUACACGACAUUUACUAUAAAUUCAGCGAAAAUGAGUUGAAAUGUAAAGACGCGAAGAGUAGUGGCGCGACAAACGAGUCCACAAUUACUGCAUUUAUUGAUUGUCAACUAUUGAAAAAUCGAUUCCCAUUCGGUCAACAGCAGGAUUGUCACGAGUUACUCGAUUGGCUGAUCAAUGAACUCAACAGUUAUACGCAAACACUGUUCGGGAACAGGCAGUCCAACACUCAGGCCAACACUCGUUUCAUCUCGAACUCAAAGAGUCCAUACAAUACCCGACGAUAUUCAAGCGAUUUAAAUGCCGACACAUUUCAGAGAUUCAAUGGAGUGAUGCUGAGGAGCAUUGAGUGCAGUGAAUGCCACACUUGUAGCCGCACUGACGACUCUUUCGCCGACAUUCAUAUACCUCUCUGUCUUAGUGACGACAAAUCGGUGACAGACGUGGAAAUGCAGUCAUUCGCUGAUAUAAUCCAUAGACCGGAUUAUUUAAAAGAUGACAAUAUGUAUAACUGUCACAACUGUCGCAAGAAAACAAACGCUUCGGUUGUAAAUACCAUUAAAGUUGCGCCACAAGUGAUGAUCUUAUUCAUGAAGAGACCCUUUGGAUUCACUUUAAAGGUGACCAGAAAUAGCGCAAAACCUCCGCCGAAGAAGGUGUUCAAAGUGCCGCUUAAUAUCGAUUACACUCUUAACGAUAGUGUCAUUAAGUACUCAUUGUAUGGGUUUGUUGUGCACACAAUGGGAUCUAAUAUAAACAACGGCCACUACUAUGCGGUCAUCAACUCAUCGCACGAAGAGACCAGUGUUCACACCAGACGUCUCAACGACUGC